UAGACGGCAAGCAGGGAACUCAUCAGAUCACUAGCUGCAACGAUUGGGAAUCUUCGGCAAUGAGUUCUCAGACGCUAGGAGGAGGCUCUAGCCUUUUCUCUGGGUUUACUCGGCUUUGCAAGGGCCUUGCUAUAGUGCUUGUUGGUGGAUAUGCUCUAAUCCAGUUUUUUCCUGGUGCUGUUACUUAUCUUGCACUUGUUCCUGCAAGGACGAUCCCUUUUGCUUGGAAUCUCAUAACAGCUGGUUAUGUUGAGCAAUCAGUUUUUGGGGUGGUCAUAGGCACAGUUGGUCUUCUUUUCAUUGGGAAGCUGCUGGAACCUAUAUGGGGUUCCAGGGAGUUCGUCAAGUUCAUCAUUAUAGUUAAUUUUCUGACUUAUGUUUGUGUCUUCACGACAGCUAUUGCUUUGUACUAUAUAACAAGGCAGGAGAGUUACCUUUAUACACCUCUUUCUGGCUUCCAUGGGGCCCUUUCAGGUUUCCUGGUUGGUAUCAAGCAAAUUGUACCUGAUCAGGAAUUGUCUUUAUUUUCUGUGUUGAAAAUAAAAGCAAAGUGGGUGUCUUCUAUCAUGUUGUUGCUGGCCAUAGCAACAAGCUUCUUUACAGAUGAUUCAGCAUCAUACCUUCCAACCUUGAUAUUUGGCACAUAUACAAGUUGGAUAUACCUGCGAUAUCUUCAGAGGAAGCCUGAAACAAACCUUAAGGGGGAUCCAAGCCAGGAGUUUGCUUUCUUAACAUUCUUCCCUGAAUUUUUGAGGCCAGUUAUUGAUCCCAUUGCAUCAGUGCUUGAUCGAAUGCUCUGUGGAAGAUCUGAAACUUCCAAUGAAGCCACAGGAUAUGUAUUGGGUGGCGACCCAUUGCCUGGUUCUGACCCCAUUGAGGCAUCAAGGAGAAGAGAAAGGGGAGCUCGAGCACUAGAAGAAAGAUUAGCUGCAGAGAGGUUGGCUGCAGCGAGGGGCACAGAAGACUCGCAUAGAGAUGCUACAGAGAGUGUUUGAAAGUUCCAGAAGUUUGUAUUUCUAAUCCAGACUAAGAUCAGGCCGUUAUUUUUGAAAAUGUGUAUUUGGAUUUCUGGCGGAGAGUUUUGUUUCGCAUUGUAAAUUUGUCUCCAUCCUCAGUGGCACGAAGCAGAAAAUAACUCAUAAUUGUUACGGUUCACUUGGGAAAAUUCAUGGAUGUGGUUCCUAUCA